CCGCCAGCCCGCCAGGCUCCACACUACGAAGCCAUUGCCCGGCAGUCCCAGCAGCGCCGCCAGCAGCAGGAAGGCCGUGCCUGUGACCCGCGAGGCCUUCCAGCUCAGCAGCGUCUCGUUCCCCGGGGGUCGGUAACAGGCCAGCAUUCUGUGCCUACCGGGAGAUGGAAAAGGCCAUGGAGGGCAUUUAGGGGGUGGGCAAAAGCCUGGGGUACCCCUCAUGCCAGGUGAGAAGGGACUGCGUUUCCUCCCACUUUCCUCUCUUCUAAGAGCCUUGACUGACUUCCUGACCUACCCUGGCCCCUACUCAAUCACUCCUUCUUGGAACCCAAAUCCCCUGCUGUCAGUCAGCCGACCUCCCCAGUCCUGACUCCCAGGCUGCCACUACCUCCACUUCUACCCCUUUAGCUGGGCUUCUUCUCUGUCCAGCCCCAUUCCUUAUACCUUAGGGCAAAAUGAGUGGUGGGAAGUAAAGGUGCAUGCGCAGAUCUACUUACCCACCUGGGAGCUAGUAGGAUCAGGCCCACGAGGGGGCUGGAGAAGCUGAAAGGCACAGCAGCAGUGAGUGAGGUGCCUACUCCUGUCCUCUGCCAGUUAGAUUUGCAGUGUGAGACUAGGAACAGGGAGGGACGAGGUGGAGUUCUUCUCAGGCCUUUCCUAGGGCUCCUCCCGCACUCUACCCUUUCCCAUCACUAACAGGUCCAGGCAUGUGACAGGCUGCUUCCCUAGGAAACAGGACUAUCUGCAGGUAUACAGAUAAGGUUCCCUGAUCGUGUAGGUGAGUAGGGACACUACAAAAUCCUGGGUCCUGCAUCUGCCCUCCUCCCUCGGGCAGUUCUGGCCCCAGUUGUUGGGACAGUUGUCACCACGUGCUGAGGCUUCCCUGGCCUACACUCAGCAGAGAAGGUGACCCAAACUACUCGUUCCCCCAACUGCUCUAUUUUGACCUAUUUCCUGACUUCUGAUCCUGCUGAGCCCUCUUUUUCUUCAGCCUGCUACCUACUCCUCUUGAUGAGGUUUUGAGGUUAUGGGGGUGAUGUCCAGAGCCGACGGCCAAGAAGGAAUUCUUGAAGAUGUCCUUGGUACAAAAAGCUAGGAGUGCCUGAGAAAUAUCACACAUAUCCCACCUGGGGGCAGGGGAGUUGUUAGUUUGUGCUCUGCCUUUAGCUUGCCUUAUGCACCCACAUCACUCUCAUCUCUUACCUUAUGCCCUGCUCCAUUCUUUAUACUCCCAGGGCUCUCAAAGGGCUACCAAUGACAGCUUUCAGUCACAGUGCUGAGUUCUGGGGGAUGCAUUGGAGGUACAAGGGACUUAUCAGCUCUGUGAGGAAUCAUAACACACAACCACAAAGAGACCAUCCUACGGAGCUAUGAGAUAAGAAGCCCCAGCACAGCAGAGAACCACACAGCCCAGAACUCAGUGGGAGAGGCAACUCCCCUGCUCCUUCCCUCCACCAUGGAGUACCUCUCAGCCCUGAACCCCAGCAGCCUGCUCAGGUCAGUAUCCAGUAUGAGCUCUGAGUUUGGCAGGAAAGUCUGGACUUCAGCUCCACCACCCCAGCGACCUUUCCGUGUCUGUGAUCACAAGCGAACCACCCGGAAAGGUCUGACAGCUGCCACCCGCCAGGAACUGCUAGACAAGGCACUGGAGGCCCUGCUGCUGAGUGGAAUGCUAACACUGGUGCUGGAGGAGGAUGGGACCGCCGUGGAGAGUGAGGACUUCUUCCAGCUUUUGGAGGAUGACACGUGCCUGAUGGUGCUGGAGUAUGGGCAGAGCUGGACCCCCAGCAGGAGUGGGGUGCUGUCAUACGGCCUGGGCCGUGAGAAGCCCAAGCACAGCAAGGACAUCGCCCGUAUCACCUUUGAUGUAUACAAGCAAAACCCUCGAGACCUCUUUGGCAGCCUCAAUAUCAAAGCCACAUUCUAUGGGCUCUACUCCAUGAGUUGUGACUUUCAAGGACUCGGCCCAAAGAAAGUACUCAGGGAGCUCCUCCGUUGGACCUCUGCACUGCUGCAAGGGCUGGGCCAUAUGUUGCUGGGAAUUUCCUCCAGCCUUCGCCAUUUAAUAGAAGGGGCCGAACAAUGGCAUUGGCAGCGGCAGGGUCGCCUUCAUCCCUACUGAGAAGGGGCUCCAAGCUGCUUUCUGCCCCUAGAUUCAUUCCAAGAGACACACUGUGAGGAUUGUGACAGCAUCAGCUUUGGAGAUCUGAAGACAGUGCAGAUUAGGUAACUCACCUGAUUUCCCCAAUGCCUUCUGACCCCAUUGUGACAGGCCCCAUCAGCAUAACACCUUACACCCCUAGCCUAUACCCUUUCCUGAAGAAUGCUGUCCCUUCCUAGCCAUCUUUCCAGCAUCCCACUUACCCGGAAAGGCCACAAGCCUGUCCCCAAGUAUCUUGACCCCACCCUGAUCAUUGCUACAUCUAGAUUCCUUGCAACUCCUCCUGUCCCUAAGCUUCCUAGUGCACUGAAUUCAGCCCUUUCUGAUUUUACCUUGAGAUCUCUAUUUCUUUAUACCCUUUUCCCCAAAAUAACAAAAACAUUUCCAAUAAAAAUAUAAAAAUGU